CCCUUUUCCCCAGAGAGAGCUGCAUCUCAACUUUGAAUAAGUAACUCUGCAAAGUGCUGCUACAGAUCAACAUCCUGGAGUGAAGAUUCUUUACAACUUAAUGAUGGUGUGGUGAGGAGCAGAGAGGGACAGAAAGAGGGGAGAAAGAGGAGGGGAUCCACACCAACAACUCCACACCAGCUUCUCAACGUCUUUGAUCGUCUGUGAUCUGUUUUGUGAACACCUUUACCCCUUAUCUACCCCGUAUUGUACCCCCCCGCCACACUUCCCGGAUGUCAGCUUAAAAGGUCACGGUUGGUUGGAAUAAGAAGUGAUAAACUAUGAAGACAUCACUCUUUCACGUGAUAGCCUUUCUUAUCAGCUGCACAGUUCAUAGUCAUUGCCAAACUGGCUGCAGCAAACCAGUUACACUUGAGUGGCACAUGAACCAGCACACUAUCCAAAUAAACUGGACACUCAUAGACAACAUUUGUGGCACCACUGAAGACUGUGCAGACCUUAACAGCCCUCAGAUUUGUCCACUUCAGCUGCAACAUGGCGACAGGCUGUUGAUGGCUGCCGACGAAACGCUGACGUCAUAUGGGAUCAGAGUGGUCAAUGUCUCGAAGAACAACUUUGAGAGAUGUUCUGCAAACGGGUUGACAGAAGGCCAGUUUGUUUUCCCUCAUCGCAUAAAUGGAAGCAAACGAGUGGACAGCAAGUGGCUGGAGCCAGGUGUCCACUACUUCAUUGCUCUGCAUGACAAAGACACUCAGCUGUGUAAGCUUGGGUUAAGACUCAACGUGACGUUGAAGAUGCAGCUUUGUCAGGCCUCCCCUCUGGUCCCACUUUGCUCCGGGAAGGGUGUUUGUCAAACGGACCAAUGGGAACAGGCUUACCAUUGUCGGUGUCACCACCACUAUUCUGGGAGGUUUUGUGAAAAAUAUGAUGCCUGUUUGGAUAACCCUUGUAAAAACAAUGCAGUCUGCUUGAGUAAUGGAUCCGUAGAUCCAAACCACAGAAUGUAUACAUGUCUGUGUCCUCCACAUUUUACAGGAACAAACUGCUCUGAAGUCAUUGGAAAGGAAAACUGCAAAAGAAUGUGCACCAACGGGACGUGUGUUCAAGUGUCGUCUACCUCCUUCAAAUGCUUCUGCGGUGCCGAAUUCUCAGACUCGCCUUGUGAGAGAAAAUCCACUUGUGAUCAAAAUCCAUGCAGAAACGGAGGCAUAUGUGAGGAGACUCCCAACGGUCCGGUCUGUCAUUGUCCUGAAAGCUUUGUGGGCCUCUACUGCGACGCCAGAGCUGCCUCUGAUUGCAUGUCAAAUGCAUGUCAUGAAGAGCAAAUUUGCGGUGCAGGAGAGCAUGCCUCUGAGUGUGCGUGUGCAGAUGGUCAAGUGGUCCCAGCAUGCAAGACGAGACAGCGGAAUGUGUGCAGCCCAUCACCGUGCCUCAACAAUGCCACCUGUGUGUCUAGGGGAGGUGAUUAUGUGUGCAGAUGUUUGCGGCCGUUUUCCGGGAAGAACUGUGAAGAAGUAAUUGACUACUGCCGGCUGCUCAAUAUCAACUGCCUAAAUGAGGGAUUGUGUUUGAGUGUAAUUGGAGGAUAUCAGUGUAACUGUACCCCGGGGUGGAUAGGAGAGUAUUGCCAAUACGUGAGCAAUGCCUGCCUGAUAAAGCCCAACAGAUGUUUGAAUGCCGCUACAUGUGUUACAACAAGUCAUCCGACGUCCCCGCCACAGUACAUGUGCAUAUGCCCAAAUGGAUUCACAGGAACACACUGUGAGACGGAGAUCAACGAGUGCCACUCCAACCCCUGCCGGCACCAUGGCACAUGCUUUGACUUGGUUGGACACUACCAAUGCCAAUGUCCUACAGGUUUUCUGGGUAAAAAUUGCGAAAUCGACAUAGAUGCUUGCCAACUGCCCAACAACACAUGUCCUCAAAAGACUCAAUGUUUGGAUCUUUCCAACGGUCUAACAUAUACCUGCAGGGUGCCCUGCCCCACAAGCCUUCAGCCAUGUGCCAACGGAGGGCGCUGUGUGUUGAAUAAUGCCAACAGCUACACCUGUAUUUGCGCCCCUGGCUGGUCAGGUCAUAACUGUCGCACAAAUGUCAAUGACUGUGUUCAGCAUUGGUGUCAAAACGGGGCCACCUGUGUAGAUGAGAUUGAUGGCUACAGCUGCCUCUGUCCCAUAGGAUUCUCCGGGUCCUUCUGUGAAGAAGACAUUGAUUACUGUGUGGGCCAUGGCUGCUCCGAACACGGCGUUUGUGUGGACCAGCAGUUGAACUUCACCUGCCGAUGCACGCUUGGAUUUGAAGGAGCACUGUGCGAAACAGAAACGGAUGAAUGCAACAGCUCCCCUUGUGCAAACGAGGCAACGUGCGAGGAUCUCGUCAGUGAUUAUCGAUGCCACUGUUCCCCAGGGUUUGAGGGAAGGCGCUGCUCCGAGAAUGUGAAUGAUUGUUGGUCGCAGCCUUGUCUCAAUGGCGGCUCAUGUAUGGAUCUGACAAAUGACUACAUUUGUCAUUGUCGUCUUGGCUUUAAGGGAAAAGACUGCUCCAUAGAUAUUGACCUUUGCUCAUUUGGGAUGUGCAGUGAACAUACGAUUAUGUGCACAGAAACAAAGGAUGGACACAAUGUAUCCUGCACAUGUGAAAGAGGGUUUGGAGGGUCAUUGUGUGAAGUAAAUAUCAACGAGUGCGAGUCAAAGCCAUGCCAAAACAAUGGUGUUUGUGUGGACGGCAGUGACCUGUAUCAUUGCUUCUGCCCACAGGGGUUCGGAGGGUCGAGCUGUGAAAUCAAUCAUGAUGAAUGUGCUCAUGGGUACUGCGCCAAUAAUUCCACAUGUAUUGACUUAGUUGCAGACUAUGAGUGCAUCUGUCCAUUGGGUUUUGCUGGUAAAAAUUGCUCAACUGCUCUCUCAGCAUGUAUCGCUGACGUCGACAUCUGCAAAAAUGGAGGAACCUGUUUCCACAACUUAGCUGGAGAGAUGCAGUGCAUUUGCCCAAUAGGAUACCAUGGCAGUGACUGCUCCUCAUCUGUAACCCAAUGUGUGUCCAAUCCCUGUAACCCAGAGGGGACCGUCCGAUGUGAAGGUCUUGCAAAUACUUACACAUGUGUUUGUCAACAUGGGUACACCGGACCACGCUGUGAAACUGCUAUAAACCACUGUGUUGAUGGCCUGUGUCAACACGGAUCAACGUGCGUGGGUCUUUGGAGAGGCUUCAAGUGUGAUUGUUUACCAGGCUCAACUGGUCGUUUUUGUGAGCAAAACAUCAACGACUGCGAGGGAAAUCCGUGUGGUGCCCUGAGUGUUUGUGAAAACACCCUCAGUGGCUACAUUUGCUUCUGUGCGCCUGGAUUUAUUGGUGAUAACUGUGAGACGGAAGUCAACGAAUGCCUCAGCCAGCCUUGUAGGAAUGGUGGCUCCUGCGUGGAUGAUCUCAGUUCAUUUCGUUGCUUGUGCCCUGUUGGAUUCACAGGCAGCAACUGUGAAGUCAACGUAGAUGACUGUCUGUCGUCUCCUUGCCUGUACAAUUCCACAUGUGUGGACUUUGCUCAUGGCUACAGAUGUGUCUGUGCGUCUGGCUUUACAGGUGCCCGGUGUGAACUUCACAUUGAUGAGUGUGCUUCAUCACCCUGCAAGAAUGGCGCCACAUGCAUUGACCAACCUGGUAAUUACUUCUGCCAAUGUGUGGCUCCAUUUAAAGGUCUAAAUUGCGACUUCUUACCGUGUGAGGCCAGUAACCCUUGUGAGAACGGAGCCCUGUGUGUGGAAGAGUUGGGCUACCCCUUGGGCUUUCGCUGUCGCUGCCGCAGUGGAUUCACAGGUCCCCGCUGUGAAAUCAACAUGGAUGAGUGCAGCUCCAGCCCAUGUGUCAAUGGCUUUUGCUAUGAUGUUGUAGAUGGCUUUUAUUGCCUUUGCAAUCCUGGCUAUGCUGGGCUGCGAUGUGAGAAAGACACUGAUGACUGCUUGAACAGCCUGUGCAGUCGCAACUCAAUAUGUAAAGACCUCCAUCUGAGUUAUGAGUGCGUGUGUCACUCCGGAUGGGCGGGAGAGUACUGCCAACAAGAAAUUGAUGGAUGUUUGUCACAGCCCUGCAAAAACAAGGCCACCUGCACAGACCACCUCGACGGCUACAAGUGUUUGUGCUCACCGGGCUGGACAGGUGUGGAUUGUGCUGAGAAAGUGAAUGGGUGUGAAUCCAGGCCUUGUCUAAAUGGAGCUCGGUGUCAGGAGUCACAUGUACCUGGGGAAUACUUCUGCACCUGCCCCCCAUUUCUGAGUGGCCCCUUGUGCAACCAGUCUUAUGACCCAUGUGAUCCCAUCCACAAUCCGUGCUUGCACAACUCCACCUGCCUGACACGCUCCAAUGGAACGGCUUACUGCACAUGCCCAGAUGGAUAUGAAGGAAACCGUUGCGAAAGUGACACCGAUGAGUGUAGCUCUAAUCCUUGCCAAAACCAUGGCGACUGUGUGAACCGGGUCAACGGUUACAGCUGUGAUUGUCAGAUUGGUUUUUCUGGCCUCCAUUGUGAAGAAGUUGUCAGUAAGUGCUUCUCACAGCCUUGCCUCAAUGGUGGCACUUGUCAAGACCUCGUAAACAGAUUCCACUGCGCUUGCCCUCCUGGUUAUUUCGGAGCAUUAUGUGACCUGAGUGGGAAUGACUUUUGUCAAGUUUCACCUUGCCUUCAAGAGGGCACCUGCAUCAACAAGCCAGCAGGCUUUGAAUGCGUCUGUCGCCCUGGAUACUUAGGGGCACGGUGUGAAGUUAACAUUGAUGAGUGCGUUUCAAAGCCGUGCCAAAAUGGUGGGAGAUGUAUUGACGAAGGGGAUCGAUACGGCUGCGUGUGCCCCAGCGGCUUUUUUGGCCCCAGCUGUGAGCGCAACAUUGAUGAAUGCUUGUCAGCGCCCUGUUUUCACGGGAGCUGUCAUGAUGGAAUCUCUUCCUACUGGUGUCUUUGUGAAGCGGGAUGGAGUGGCAUCGCAUGUGAAACAAACAUUGAUGACUGUGCUUCUGAUCCCUGUUUGAACGGAGGCUCAUGUAUGGAUCACAUAGGUAAAUACUCCUGCCUCUGUCAGGAUGGUUACACGGGAAAAGCCUGCGAGUAUGACAUUGACGUUUGCGAAGAAGUCGGACGUUUUUGUUCUAAUGGCGCUACAUGCACUGAAGGCGAAGGAUCAAACUUUACUUGCAGCUGUCCUGCAGGUUUCAUGGGGGAUUUCUGUGAAGUGGAAGUUAACGAAUGUGCCUCAUCUCCCUGCCACAACGCUGCCAUUUGCCAAGAUCUUAUUAAUAGCUUCGUCUGCCACUGCGGGUCAGGUUGGACAGGCCUUCACUGUGAGGCUGACAUUAAUGAGUGCCUUCCACAGCCCUGCAACCAGGGGAUAUGCGUUCAGAAUGAUCCAGGCUACGGCUACACCUGUUUCUGUCGUCCUGGAUUUGUGGGGAGGAACUGUGAGCACAACUAUGAUGAUUGCCUCUUAAAUCCAUGUCCAGAAGCAUAUUCCUGCAUAGAUGGCAUCAACAAGGUCACCUGCCUCCCUCCUGCUACGGAUGCUGUUCCCUUGGAGACUGCACUCAAGAACAUCACUCGCGGCUUCACACCCCUUGUGCAAACACUAACACUCAGUCCCACGCCGGCAGCUGAGCAAUCCACAGAUUCAUACAUCCACUACUUUGGGGAUUCCUACCUGGAAUUUGAAGGGAUUGACCUGAGCCCCAUCAACAACAUCACUGUGAGAUUUCAGACACAAGCAGACCAUGGAACUAUUGUUCAUGUGGGCCUAGGACCGGCUAACAAGGAUUUCUUCUUCAUGGAACUCUUCGUCAUGGAUGGGCUGUUGCAGUAUGUAUUUUCCUGCAAUGAGGAUGAAGGUGUUGCAUGGAUUAACACACAAAUUCAUGUGCAUGACAGCAAAGUGCACAUUAUCAAGAUCAGACAACACCUGGCCCCUUGUGAGGCCGAGAUCAUCCUUUCCGGUCAUGAAAGAAUCAAAAGUGCAGCAAGUAAUUAUUGGCUGGGAAACAUAAUACAAAGAACAAACCACAUCUUUGUAGGCGGUCUGCCACAGCGCUGUUCCACCAGUCAGGAAAUGAAACCUUUCCACAACUUUACUGGCUGCAUUGAAAUCACUGAAUUUAAUAACGUCAGGAGUUUCUACACAUCUGAUGCCCUCGCUAACUGCAACACACGACCGUGCAGAGUCAACAUAACGUCACCUGCCGCACAAGCACCAAAACCUCCCAUCCAUGAAGCUUGUGGUGACGGUGUUUGCCAAAAUGGCGGAACGUGUCAUAAACUGCAACAACCCGGUAGAUCAACACCUUCAUGUCACUGCCCACUCCAUUUUACCGGAACAUUUUGUGAGAAAGAUACCAAAGUAUACAUCCCAUCAUUCGACGGCACGUCUUAUUUGGAGCUGCAGCCCCUUGCAUUCAUCCUCCAGUCCUCUGACGACAGCAAUAAUGUACCCCGUACUGUCAAGGACACUGCCGUUAUUCUCCAUUUGACUAUGAAAACUCGAUCAACACAGGGCACCAUCCUCUACACUCAGGAGCAGAACUUUGGUGGCGCCUUCCUUCACGUGUUCCUUCAAGACGGAAGCCCUGUUGCUGAACUUGGAUGCGGCGCCAAACGUGUUCUUCACGUGGAAGCCAGCCAAACCAUCAACAACAACCGAUGGAUACCAGUGACAAUCCGAUUCAAUCUGCCAGCCAGCAAACAAGCCGGGUCAUGUAUGAUUGAAAUUGCAGUAGAUAAUGGCCCGGCUCAGCAUCUCCAGGAGUCCGUGUCACAAACCGCGUCAGAGAAAACAUUUGGGCCUAUUUUUCUUGGCGAUGCUUCCUCCCACUGGGAUCUGAAUGACGAACUUGCAAAAAGACCAAGGAGAUUUAUUGGAUGUAUCAGGCAACUUCAGGUCAACUCAAAGGAGGUAUUCCUGGUGGGGGAGGCCGUGAGAGGGAGGAACAUCGAGAACUGUGACCCACCAGUUUGUCAGCAUCUGCCCUGUCGGAAUGGAGGAACCUGCGUCAGUGAGGUUGAUGACUGGUUCUGCGAGUGCCCUCCACUCUACACCGGCCGCCUGUGCCACUUUACGGCCUGCGAGCGCAACCCUUGCAGUCACGGAGCCACAUGCAUCCCAAAGUCGCCGCUGGAGGCAGUGUGUCUCUGUCCUUACGGAAGACAAGGCCUACUGUGUGAUGACACUGUCAACAUCACCCGAGCCAGAUUCAGCGGAACUGACCAGUUUGGCUACACGUCUUUUGUGGCCUAUUCCAAUAUUCCGAGUCUCAGUUUCUUCUACGAGUUUCAGCUGAAGUUCACACUGGUCAAUCGGUCAUCUGCUGUGAAAGACAACCUGAUCCUGUUCUCUGGGCAGAAAGGACAAGGCACAGAUGGUGAUGACUUCCUCGUUUUGGGGGUACGAAAAGGGAGAGUUCUGCAUAGAUUCAACCUUGGAUCAGGUAUAGCAACCAUCGUGUCGGAUCGACUGAACCUGCACAUGGACGUCCACACUGUCACAUUCGGAAGGUCCAACAAAACGGGAUGGCUGAAGGUUGAUGGACAAAGGAACAGAACAGGCUCGUCUCCAGGACCCCUGCAAGGCCUCGAUGUUUUCAAGCAAGUCUUUGUAGGUGGAUAUAAUGAGUACACUGCUGAACUGCUGCCACUUGGCUCCAGGUUCCAUCAAGGCUUUCAGGGGUGCAUUUUUGAUGUGCACUUUCGAACAAGAAGAAAUGGAACAUUCCAAGCUGUGGGCCAUCCAGCCUUUGGGAGAAACGUGGGUCAAUGCGGGGUCAACCCUUGCGCUCAUGUCCAGUGCAGGAAUGGAGGAACAUGCGUGGACUCUGGUUCAUCGGUGUAUUGCCAGUGCCCUUUUGGAUGGAAGGGAGCUCUCUGUUCGGAGACGGUGUCGGUGUGUGAUGCCGCGCACACUCCCCCGCCUCUGUGCGCCCACGGCUCCACCUGCAUCCCUCUUCCGAAUGGAUAUACCUGUCAGUGCCCCCUGGGGAUGGCAGGACUCUACUGUGAGAAAGCUGUGAGCAUCAGCGAUCCAUUCUUCAAUGGAAAACACUCCUCCUGGAUGUCCUUCCCCCCAGUGAAUAUAAGGCACCGGACUGUGUUGCAGCUGCAGUUCCAGCCUUUAUCACCAGGGGGCGUCCUUGUUUAUGUUGCACAGCAUGUUGGUGACAGAGCUGGAGACUUCCUCUGCCUCUCUUUAACGUCCUCUUUCGUCCAGCUGCGAUACAAUCUGGGGGAUGGCACCCACGUCCUUCAAACUGUCAACAAAGUGGACAUGCACACUAGAAAGUGGCACACAGUAAAGGCAGGGCGGGUCGGUCAGCAGGGAUUCCUAAUCCUGGAUGGCGAAGGGGUCACACACAAUGCGACUGAGGGCAUGAGCACCCUGGAUGUCACCACCAACGUCUUCAUAGGGGGCGUCUCCACUCUGAUGUCCACAGACGCAAUGGAAGGAGGAGCGCUGGGCUUCACCGGCGGCAUCCGGGAAGUCAUUCUAAACGGGCUUGAGUUGGAGUUGACGGAGAAGGGAGCUCUGAGUGGAGCGAAUGUCGGAGACUGGGAUGGGAGCGCCUGUGGAUACAAAGUGUGCCACAAUGGAGGUCAAUGUAGGGCAACAGGAAGUGACUCCGUCACGUGUGAGUGUCCGUCAUCAUGGACCGGCCCAGUUUGCAACCAGUCUGUCAGCUGUGUCGACAACCUCUGCGAACGCGGCGCCAUUUGUGCGCCAGUUAGCGUCACAGCGUACCGCUGCAUAUGCCCCCUAGGGUGGGGGGGGAGGUACUGCAGCAGAGAGGUCGCCACUGACACUUUGAACUUUGCGGGACACUCAUAUGUGAAAUAUCUUGAUCUGAAAUACAACAGGAGACAUUUAAGAUACACUCAAGUGUCUUUUAGCUUCCGCACGAACACAAGUGACAGUUUGAUCAUGUGGUUAGGGAAGGCGGGACAUGACGAUGAUGACUUCCUGGCAGUUGGACUUGAGAAGGGGCACCUCAAAGUCGCAGUUAAUCUCGGAGAAAGGGUUUGUGUCCCGGUGACUUUGACGAGUCAAACGUUGUGCUGCAACAGAUGGCACCAUGUCUCCGUUGUGGUCAACGGUACCGUCAUUCAAGCCGACUUGAACAACAAGACGAUUCUUCACGAAGACGUGGACUCAGUUGGACGAUAUGUUGCCUUGGACUACGGCGGGCAGCUGUACUUCGGAGGAUUUGAAAUGGGCACGGAUGUAUCAGUCCUGACAUCGGGGUUGUUUUCAUGUGGCUUUCAAGGAAGUCUUGGAAAUGUUUUCUUCUUUGAUGAACCUCUCAGCUUUUUAGAGAGCAGCGAGGGCUUUAAUGUCCAUGAUAGCAAUGAGACGUAGACGGGGAAACGCUGUUUCUCUUAUUUAGAGCUACAACAAUUAAUGACUCGGUGAUUUGGAUUAUCGACAACUAUUUUGGUAUUCGAUUCGUCUGUUUUAUCCUCUGAUUUCAGCUUCUCCAACGUGAAUAUUUUUUAGUUUCCAUAGUCGUCCGUGAAAGCAGACCUGUUAUCUUUGUGUUUUAGGCAAAACAAGAUAUUCACACACAUCGGCUUUGACUUUGGAAAACAGUGAUCGACAUUUUUGCCUCUUCCCAGAUAUGUUGCGGACCAAACCCAUAUGUUUGGUUCUAAAAAUAAUAAUUAGGUCAUUACUCAAUAUAACAGUCUGACUCACAGUCUGUCAUCUUAGAUACAAGGCUAAAUAAUUAGUUGCAGCCUUGUCUUAUUUAUAGAUUUGCUGUUUUUAAGAAAGGUUCUUGACAAAGUGGAAACUCCACAGUCAAAGUACCCAAAAGUCAACAUGUGGAGAAAAUAUGUCAACCAAGGCUACGUUCACAGUCCAGGGUAUGUAUGAUGCCCAAUUCAGAUUUCGAUCUUUUCUGUGGUUGUUCACAUUCCCAAUAAAACGCCACUUGCCAGUGUGAACCCGAUGCAUCCGGAAAGUGACGCGCAUGUGCAGAACAUGACAUCACACUCACGGUCGUGUGUUUACAGAAGUAAACAGUGCCCCAGUGUGUGCUCUCCUUAAUGCGGCGGGGGCAAUUUCAAGGGCAUUGUGCAACGGGAGUCAAUAUUUGCUGAACCAAAUGAUUCCUCGUAGGAGAUUAAGAAAGAAAAGAGCAAUAAUUUUAGCCAUGGUAGUUCAUGGAGCGUGUGGGUGGAUGUGGGAGCCACUAGUGGUGAGACGUUGAUGUGAGCCUCUUCAAUAACACUUCAAAAUGAUUUUCAGAUGACAAGAAGUUUCACCCUCGUCUCGCACGGCAAAACACGCCUUUUGAUGGCGUAUUGGACGGAUAUAUGCAACCUGACUGUUCAGACAGCACUAGAUCGGAUACAUAUCGGAUUUCUAUCUACACACGAACGAGGCCCGAGUCGCAUUUGAAAAAACUGGAAUUGUACCGUUCACACUGACAUGAAAAAAAUCAUACAGGCCAUGUGUGCAAAAUUUGCCCUGCAGUGGGAAUGUAGCUUUAGGGGGUACAUUUUUUCAUACAAUAUUGGUUACAUUGCAAAACUUAAUAAGCAUUUGACCUCCGCUUCCUGUGUCAGUUUGUUUUUUUAAUCAUUUGUUUUGGCGGUUUUCGAAUGUUCUUCCUUUGAAAUUUGUGUCAUUGGCUGUAGAUAUUUUAGCUUUUUAAUUUUAUUUCGUGUCCUGGUUUUAGGUAUAUGGUCACCCUAAUGGAAAUAGCAUGGGAGUUGAAAUGGAUACUAGCAUGACAAAACAGACAUUUUUACUGCACUGAAAACACGUUGUCCAAAAACAACUGUAUUGACCAUUGGCCAUUUCUUAAACAGUACAUACCGACAAAGGAACCGAAACGCUCAAGAUGUGUUGCUCUACCACCGACUGACAUGUAUUUAAUUCCAGCAAUACCUCUAUAAAGCCACUAGGUAUCCUUGUCGCUCUGAACACGCCUUCCUGUUACUUCUCCAUUAUGUCAUAUCAUGUGACUUUAAAGGGUGUGCUGUGGUGGAAGGAUACAUUUUUCAUUGUCUAGAAGGGGUGGCUGGAGAGUGACCUGGGGUGGCCACGGCCACCCUUAGCUCUGCCACUGAGGUUGUGUACUGUACUUUUGAAUUUAUUCCACAGUAGUUAUGUUUGUAUUGGUGAGACAGGUGUGUUAAAAUGUUAAGUUAAAACAUUGCCUGCACAAUGAAUAAAAGUUGUAUGAUUCACUUGACUUUACAAUUGCUUGAAAUGAGUACAACCAGCAUCGAGCAGCAGAUUGCCUUCAACUAGUUUGGAGGUGCCACAUGAGCUGUUUUUAUUUUACUACACAAAGUAAAACCUUUUAAAUACCAAGUUAACUAAACUGUCUUGCUCCAUAGUUACGUCUUUGUAAAAGGACUAAUCAACAUUGUUGGUAGUGUUUUGUGUACAUUUAACAUACUGGAAACAGUGUUUCAGUGAUUGAUUGUAUCUUUAAUAUAUUUACUGUACACAGAAAUGUGAAGUUCUUUUUAUAACCAACAAUAAAAAAAGAAUUAGCUUUAUUACCAACUGUACAUACACACGUGCAAAGGCACACUUCAUCUCUAAAGGUAUAUUACAAGCCAAAAUGUACAACGCAUUUCUCCAAUAGAAAGUAAGACUAUAAAAUAUUUAAAGCCAAAAUUUAAGGAGCCAAAUUGGGAAGAUGGAGAGUUUGCUGAACUCCAAAG